UAGCCAUCGAGACUGAAGUGGAAGCUGUUCCUAUGUGCUGUGGUGGAUGUUGUGGUCGACUGAACUCGUUUGCGACACGAAGCCAUUCGAUAAUCGCCAAAGGUCGUGCAUAACAAGCACCUUCCUUGGAUACUUUCAUGAUAUACACGGCGUACCUCUCGGAUGACUGAGCAACUAUGAUACCAUUGUAGAGUCAAUCAAUACCGCUACCUACCAGAUGGGCGCCGGUAGAAUAGUGAUCAGGGUCAUCCUCGAAGCAUCUGUGCUCCGACAACACCCGAAGUCAAAUACCGAGCGACCAUCCGCGAAGAAACAAUAUCAGUAACUCCUCUCUCUUUUUCUUGCCUAACCAAUCCAAUGCUCGCCCACUCUCAUCCUCUUCUCUGAACACACCACGUCCUUGUCAUCCCUAGCCCUUCUUUCGGUAAACAAUUACAGGUUGCAACAUGCCAAUACCACACCCACCCCCGCAACCACAACCAUCGACCUCAACACUAAAAUCCCACUCUCCAACCCUCACCAAACUACUAAAAGCACGACCAGCUCCUAUACGAGAGACCGCCCUUUUGACUGCUGCUUCUUCCCCCACAAGACCAAUUAAACCACCAGCGGGAGAUUGUUGUGGUAGUAGUUGUGAUCCUUGUGUCAUGGAUUUAUAUGCUCAAGAGUUGAAGGUCUGGAAGGAGUGUGCUGUGUUGAGGAGUUUGGUUGACGAUGAGGAAGAGGAAGACGAAGGCAAAGCGUUAGAGAACUGUAAAGUGCCGGGUGCUUUUCAGUGGUGAGCAAGAUAUCUGGGCACGACUUGGUCUUAUCAUCAUGUCAGAAGGACAUCAUGGCAUGAACGACUUCAAGUCAAGACCUCCUUCUCGGCACAAAGGCUCCUCGGCAUAACGACACAUUUUUAGGAUGUGAAGGUCAAAAGGCGCUGAACAGCAAAGCGCUCACACAAACAGGCGCAGGUGUCGAUGUAUGCCACACACACAAAAAUGGACGGCUUCAAAACGGUUCACUCGCUAACGGUACACAACCUCGACUGUCACCUCUGAAC